CGACGAAAAGAAUCUGCCCCGAGUAGACGUCUUAUUCAUGGACGAUAGAGACAUUUCUUAGCUGCGAGAUGAAAACAAUUAUUGUGCUGUUUGGAGUUGUCACCUUCUCCUGUUGCUCCAAGUGGGACUUUGGAAACCACGACGGGCUCGGAAAUGGGCUUACGUUGGGAGAAAUUUCUUUAGACCAUCAUGACUUGGGUGCUUUCAGUCUGGGAAAAACAGACGGUCAUUCUUUAGAUCUCCUGGAAGAUCAUCAGAUAAUUUCAAAUAAAGCCAGUGGAUGGCACACGGAUACCAGCAGUUUUCACGGAGGCCAUGUAAUCCCUGUUUAUAAGAAUAUCGGAAUACCGACGAUCAAGAAAGUUCCCGUGAGUAUUCCGCAUCCAGUGGUGCAAACGGUCGCACAGCCUUACCCUGUCCCUGUGGUGAUAUCAAAGCCUGUACCAUAUGAGGUGGAGAAGCAAGUAAUUACAACAGUUGAGAAAAAAGUACCGACGCCCGUCGAGAAAAUAAUUCCGGUUCCGAUCGAGAAGUUGGUGCCUUUUCCCGUGGUAAAACAUGUGCCCGUGCCAGUCGCAAAACCGAUUCCGAUCAAGAUUCCAGUCUACAAGACCAUUGUUCACAAAGUCAAAGGUCAUGGAUAAUCUGCGUUACUAAGCUGCUUUACAAAAAUACGACCAUUGUUAUCAUUGUUGUUGUUGUCGACAUCCCUUUUGCGUUAUAUAUAUCUCUCUGAUUGAACAUCGAACACGCGCGUACACGAUGCAUGAAGAAUAAAAUAUUAUAACAUAUAUCAUUUAUUGAAGUGUUUAGCAGUAAAGAUAUAAAUGGCUUUAUUUUAUUUUUCAUCUAAAAAAUGAUUGUUACAUCACUUCGAUUUUAUGGGAAAAUUCUUGUACUUAUAAACAAAUAUAAUCAUAGAUGUUAAUUAUGUAUAUUU